AUGCGCUCAUCUGCUGCCCGUCGCCUCUUCUCGCAAUCCCCUCACCCCCGACGUCGCCGCAUCCUCGUGACGGGAGGCACGGGCCAAAUUGGCAUGGAACUCGUGCCGUUUCUCCGCCAAGUGUUUGGCCACGACACGGUCGUGAACUCCGAUAUCAAAGCUCCUCUCGGUGCUCACGACCCGACGUUCGCCUAUUGCGACGUGCAGGACUCGACGUCCAUGGCUCGUGUCAUUGCCGAGCAAGGCGUGGACACGAUCGUGCACAUGGCGUCCCUAUUGUCCGCAGUAGGAGAGACAAAUCCAGCUUUGGCUUUAGCGGUGAACACCCGCGGGAUCCAGAACGUCCUGGAGCUGGCUAAGAGUCACAAGUUACAGGUCUUUGCCCCGUCCACGAUCGCCGUCUUUGGCCCCUCGACGCCUCAGGACGAGACGCCAGACGUGACCAUCAUGCGACCUACAACUAUGUAUGGUCUCACGAAAGUCCACCUGGAGCUCUUGGGCGAGUAUUACUAUCAGAAAUUCCACGUGGAUUUCCGCUCGGUCCGGUACCCCGGCAUUGUCUCGUCAGAGGCGAUGCCAGGGGGAGGGACGACAGAUUACGCCGUCGAGAUUUUCUACCAUGCCCUCAAGCACGGCAAGUAUACUUGUUUUCUCGAACCAGAGACCAAGUUGCCCAUGAUGUACAUGCCCGAUUGCCUCAAAGCGACGUUGGGGCUAAUGAAUGCACCGAACGAGUGCUUGCGUCAACGGACGUACAAUAUCACGGCUCUUUCGUUCACGCCUGCGGAAAUUGUCGCGGCUAUUCAACAGGUACUGCCGAGUUUCCAGGUUGACUACAAACCUGAUUUUCGUCAGCAGAUUGCUCAGACGUGGCCCCGGUCGCUCGAUGAUAGUCGCGCCCGAAAAGAUUGGCAGUGGCAGCACGACUUUGAGCUGGACACGAUGGUGGCAGAUAUGCUCGAAAAGCUCGACGCGAAACUGUCGAAACCGGACUGUCGGGUUGAGGAGAUGGCGUGA